CUUUUAUCUGCAUGAUGCCUAAAAUUAGAACCAAUAAAGUUAAUCUAAUCCCGAAAUAUUUGCGUAAUAAACUAUAAUAUUCAAACAGUUUCAUCCCAAAUAUAAUUCGCCAAUGCGACAGGCAAAACCUAUCAAAUUUGAGUAAUUGGUGGAUUUUGAAUUCUGAAAACAGAGGACAGCAGUUAAGAACAUGGAGGCGAAGAUCAACCAAUUCUUUGAGUGCAUUAUUACAUUCUUCAAUGGUGGUACUGGUGACCAACUUCCUUGGUGCUCUCCUGACGUCAUUCUCGGCUGUGAAAGAGAAGCUGCAGAUGCUGCCAGUGAUGAAGGAAAGAAUGAGAGUAUUAUGAGAUUGUCAUGGGCGCUUGUCCAUUCUAAACAACCUGAAGAUGUGCGACGAGGGAUAGCUAUGCUUGAGGUUACACUUGCCAGCUCAAAUAGUCCACUACAGAAGCGAGAAAAGCUUUAUCUUCUAGCUGUUGGAUAUUACAGAAGUGGGGAAUAUUCAAUGAGCAGAGAGCUAACAGGUCACUGUUUGGAGAUUGCGCCUGAUUGGAGACGGGCGUUGUCGCUUAAGAAGGAUAUUGAAGAUAGAAUUACUAAGGAUGUUGUCAUUGGUAUAGGAAUUACAGCAACUGUUAUAGGACUUAUUGCUGGUGGGAUUGCAGCUUCAUUGAUCCGAAGGAACUGAUCUUGAAUUGCUUUAUCAUGUUUCAUUUAUAUUCACUCACAGUAUAAAUUUUUUGUACAAUAAGACAAUUUAACAAUUAAGUAGAGACAUU